AUGACUGCUUGUAAAUAAGAAUGCAAGUAUGUGAAUUUGCUAAGGACAAAGGAAAAUAGUGAGUUCAAAACUUAUAAUCCAUUGAAUUUAGAGGUAAUUUUAUAUCUGGAUGUAUGA